AUGGACCCUGUACUUGUAACUGAAGCUGACUCCACGGGAAGGACACGCAAUGUAACAGAAUUCAUACUACUGGGCCUGACCCAGAAUCCAGGGCUGAGGAAAUUCUUCCUUACUGUGUUUUUAAUCACCUACUUGAUCACAAUGGCAGGUAACCUCCUCAUCUCCAUCACCAUCUUUAUCAGCCCAGCCCUGGGAUCUCCCAUGUACAUUUUCCUAUCCUACUUGUCCAUUAUAGAUGGCUUCUACUCUUCAUCCAUAGCACCCAUAAUGAUCUCUGACUUGCUCUCUGACAAGAACACCAUAUCCUUCAAGGGCUGCAUGACUCAGCUCUUUGCUGAACAUUUCUUUGCUGGAGCAGAGAUCAUCCUAUUAGCUGUCAUGGCCUAUGACCGCUAUGUAGCUAUCUGUAAGCCCUUGCAUUACAUGACCAUCAUGAGCCGAUUUGUAUGUGCUUUCUUGGUGGGAAUGGCUGGGAUUUUAGGCUUUAUUCAUGGAGGGAUCCAGGUUUUGUUCAUGAUCCAGUUACCAUUCUGUGGCCCCAAUAUCAUUGAUCAUUUCUUGUGUGAUUUGAUGCCUCUCCUGCAACUAGCCUGUACAGACACUCACACUUUGGGGCCGCUGAUUGCUGCCAACAGUGGGUCACUAUGUCUGCUCGUUUUUUCUAUGCUGGUUGCUUCUUACAUUGUCAUCCUGCGCUCCCUAAAGACUAAAAGCUCUGAAGGGCGUCGCAAAGCCCUGUCUACCUGUACUUCUCAUAUCACUGUUGUCAUCUUAUUCUUUGUACCUUGUUCAUUCUUGUAUCUGAGACCCAUGACCUCCUUCCCAGCUGACAAAGCUGUCGCUGUAUUUUACACCAUAGUAACUCCCAUGUUGAACCCUUUAAUCUACACCCUCAGAAAUGCAGAAGUGAAAAAUGUCAUGAAGAAAUUCUGGGGGCAAAUAAUGAAAAUUGGUGAUAAUGAAACUUGGGAUUAG